CCGGUAAAAAAGUGAAUUGAUUCGGUGAGCAGACCGUUCCCGAGAUGGCUCAAAACAAAACGGAUCUGAUGGCCGUUUUGGCCGUACUGAAAAAGUACAAUUUGAAGGGAACGGAGGAUUUGCUGAAAAAGGAAGCCAGUUUGUCGGACGUUCCGGAAAAUGCGGCUGGCGAGGCGGACGUGAACAGUGUGCUGGCGGCAUAUAAGAGUGAGGGUGAUCCGGAUAUUUACGAGAACUCGUAUACGGAGUUGCGGAGGUUCGUGGAGGAUUCGUUGGAUAUCUAUCGGCAUGAGCUGGCACUGAUUCUGUAUCCGGUGCUGGUUCAUAUGUACAUUGAGUUGGUGUACAACAAUCACGAGCAGCAGGCAAAGAAGGUAAUUUCGAAGUUCGGUCCGGACCAAGAGUACUACUACCAGGAUGAGAUAACCAAGCUAGCGAUGGUGACGAAACGGGAUCAGAUGAGCGGAAACGAUCUGACGGAUACGUUCAAGUCGAAUGCUUUUACCAUAAGGAUUUCGAGAGAUACGCUGUCUUUGUUGAAACGGCAUCUUCACGAGAAGAAAGCAUCCGUUAUAUUGAACAUUGUAAAUGAGCAUCUGUUCUUUGACUUGUACGAAGGAGUUGCCCGGAACAAGGCCCAGUGCGAUGCGACUUCCGGUGCGAUGAUCGGAGAAGCGAAGCGACUCGAUAACAAAGUUAAGGUUUAUUACGGUUUGCUGAAGGAACCGGAUGUUCAAACGUUGGUACAAGCUCCUCCAGAGGAGGAUGACGAUAUGGAUCCGGAUGCACCGGAUAAGCCGAAAAAGAAGAAGCCCAAGAAGGAUCCACUAUUUUCUAAAAAGUCGAAAUCGGAUCCCAACGCACCACCGUUGGAUAGAAUUCCUUUGCCAAAGCUGAAAGAUGUGGACAAGAUGGAGAAAAUUAAGGCACUAAGGGAAGCUUCCAAGCGGGUUAACCUGGGGCCGGAUUGUUUGCCAUCCGUUUGUAUGUACACGCUGUUGAAUGCAAAUUACACUGUAACUUGCGCGGAAAUCUGCGAAGAUUCCAGCUUGAUUGCCAUUGGCUUCUCUGAUUCGUCCAUCAAAGUAUGGUCCCUGUCACCGAUUAAACUGCGGGAGAUGAAGGCAGCCGAUCUGUUGAAGGAAAUUGACCGGGAUGCCGACGACGUGCUGAUUCGUAUGCUUGACGAUCGCAAAGCCGAAACCAGCCGAAUGCUGUACGGUCACAGUGGACCCGUUUAUCGCACUGCCUUCUCGCCCGAUAGAACCAUGCUGCUGUCCUGCUCGGAGGAUUGCACUAUCCGUCUUUGGUCGCUACACACCUGGACUUGUGUGGUGGUGUACAAGGGCCAUCAGUUCCCCGUGUGGGAUGUUCGCUUCUCGCCAUACGGUCAUUAUUUCCUCAGUUGCUCGCAUGACAAAACCGCUCGGCUGUGGUCCACGGAUUCCCAUCAGCCUCUUCGAAUCUUUGCGGGUCACCUUUCCGACGUUGAUGUAUGCAUCUUCCACCCCAACUCAAACUAUGUUGCAACCGGAUCGAGCGAUCGUACCGUUCGCCUGUGGGACAUUAGCGUUGGAAAUCAUGUGAGACUGAUGACGGGUCAUAAGGCUCCGAUCCACUCGCUGGCAUUCUCCAUUUGCGGACGCUAUUUGGCGUCCGGUUCGGCAGAUUGUCGAGUCCUCGUGUGGGAUCUGGCACAUGGUCAUCUAAUUGCGGCCCUUUGUGGACAUUCCGCUUCGGUCCAUUCACUUUGCUUCAGCCGUGACGGAACGGUGUUGGCUACGGGUGGACUGGACUGUUGCCUCAAGUUGUGGGACUUUUCCAAACUGUGCGAGGACAUCAGCGGGGAGAAUGUCAACGUUUCGCACAAUCCGGACGUCCGCGAUGGGGAACCGUACCUGUUGAGAUCCUUCCCCACCAAGCAGUCGCCGUUUCUGACGUUACACUUUACCCGGAGAAACUUGCUGCUGGGCGUCGGAAUGUUCGAGGGAUCGGCUUAAGGUAGAUGCGGAGUUUAUUUUUUAGGUCUAGUUUUUCGUAUAAGCAAGAUGUAGCCGUAAGAUCGUCGAUAUAUGUAUAUCAGUGUCGCAAAUUUUUACAAUCAAUAGAAUUUUAUCAAAUUGAAAA